AUGAAAGGGUUAAUCGCUUGUAUUUUGAUUCUUUGUUUUGUUUCACCCUCUUUGUGUCUAAGGAGGAUUGGAUCAAACAAAACGAUUUAUUUUAAUGUGAUGGAACAUGGAGCUCGUGGCGAUGGAAAAACGGAUGAUUCACAUGCAUUUUUAAGUGCAUGGCAACGCACGUGUGAAGCAGAAAGUGCAGCAACUCUGUUCAUACCACCAAGAAAAGUGUUUUUGGUGAAGAAAUUAAACCUAAACGGUCCUUGCAAGGCCACAAAUAUUCUGAUCUCAAAUGUAAACGGUUUAACAAUUGAUGCCAAAAGAGGAAUGUUUGAUGGCUAUGGUUCUACUUGGUGGCAAUGCAAAAGUUGUAAACGACCAACAGCUUUGCGUUUCCAUGGUUGCAAUGGUCUUACUGUGAAAUAUCUAAGGAUGAUGAAUAGCCCUGGAGCUCACAUAUCUGUCAAUGGUUGCGAGGGUGCAAAAUUCUCUCAAAUCAAUAUUCAUGCUCCUGCCCACAGUCCCAACACUGAUGGAUUCGACAUUGCUUCUUCCAAAAAUAUUUUGAUCCAAGAUUCCACUAUAGGAACCGGUGAUGAUUGUAUUGCUAUCAAUGGUGGCUGCUCUAACAUCAGUGCUGUUGGGGUUGCUUGUGGACCAGGCAAUGGAAUAAGCAUUGGCAGUCUUGGUAGAAAUCAAGGUCAUGAAACAGUUGAAGAAGUUCAUGUAAGAAAUUGCAGCUUCACGGGAACCACAAAUGGAGCCAGAAUCAAGACAUGGCCUGGAGGAUCAGGUUAUGCAAGAAAGAUCACCUUCGAGCAAAUAAAACUAACAGAUACUCGUAACCCAAUAAUUAUAGACCAAUACUAUGGACAUAACAUUUCAUCGGUAUAUUCAUAUUAUUUAUCUGAUGCCAAAGCAAUCGAUUUACGAUGCAGUAAAUUAGGCUGUUUCGGUAUCAUAUUGGAUCAAAUCAACAUAGUCUCUGCUGAACAAGGAAAACAUGCCUAUGCUUCUUGCAAAAAUGCUCAUGGAAUCGUUUUAUCUUCUAUUCCCAGUGUCUCUUGCUUGUUGAAUUGA